AUGGGCUGCGGCCAUAGCAAGAUCAACAUUUACCCCAGGAAAUCGAAGAGCAAAACCGGUUCGAAGAAGUCAGUGACAGCAGAUAAAACUGAAUCAGAAGAUGAGGAUGGCAUAGAGUUAGAGGCAGAUCAUUCUGAGAGCAUAGAAGACUGUGAUUCGAAGAAAACUUCGAUAAAACUGAAACAUUUCGGUGGCCCUCUGUUGGCGCAGGCAGAAAUUUCAACUAGCCAACAGGAUUUCUUCAAGAUGUUGGACGAAAAGAUACAAAAUGGUCCUGAUUACAACUCGGAAAGCGAGUCCGAAAGGGCGGCAGAAACGACGCGACUGCGCGCCCUUCUCAAGGACUGGGAGACAGCCAGCAUCGGCUCCAGAUCUCUGCCCCCCACCCCCCGAAGGCGCCCC